GAGCCAUUAAGAGUCUUCCCACGCUAAGUGUGGGUUGAAAUCGCCCGCUUCCUCCCUCCCCACCCCAAAGCCCACCACCCACCACGAAGACUUCUGUGCAUCAGUCUUUCAAGCAUUUAAAAAAAGAGAACCAGAGGAACCGAAAAGAAGAUUUGGGAUCCUUUUUUUGUUCCACAGCUUUCCCAGAGAAACCUGAAGCUGUCCUCUGGCCUAUGGACAUGGCCAUCUAAAGACCGCCUCCUCCAAAGACUCUAGGUGGUGUACAACAAUACUACUACUACUACUACUACUAAUAGGGCAAAUGUCUGGAGAAACAGAUAAUUGAACAGAAACUGGUGGAGGAUAGGACAGAAAUGGAGGCACAGAGACUUCCUGGUCUGCCGGUCUCCCUUGGUGAUCAGCCAGUUCAGAUCUCUUGCCUUCAAGCAGUCCCAGCUGCAUCAAAUCUUUCGCUGAGUCCAGUGAUUCUUCAGCCGGAACAAGCACUUUCCCAGACAAUAUACCUGAAAGCCCUGACCAUACCCCUGUAUCAGCCCCUCCAGUCAGAAUGCCCUCGGCCAAGUGGCCAGCUACCCAUGGGCCGAACGCAUAUCAGCUUAGAGAGCAGUCAUAUGCCUUUAAUCCUGAGCCCGUUUUUACAUUCAGAGGGGACCGAUAAACCUCAUACAUUUCCUCAGAAGCACCCUCAGACAAUAAACAUAGUGAGUGGUUUACCAGUUUUGCCACAAUCUUCUCCAUAUACGCCACUUGGAAGCCCGGGGAAAUCCAAAAGUGCUGGGAAGUACCUCUGUAAACAUUGUGGGCGUGAUUGCCUGAAGCCGAGUGUUCUGGAGAAACACAUGCGCUCACAUACGGGGGAGAGGCCCUUUCCUUGUAGCACAUGUGGCAUUGCCUUCAAAACUCAAAGUAAUCUGUACAAACACAGGAGAACCCAAACACAUGUCAACAAUGCCAAGUUGCCCUCCGAGUCUGACAGCAGCAGCCCGCUAGAAGAGAACGAGAAGGUGACUGAGAGGGCUGGAUCCCAACUGGUGACAAAAGACAAAGACAGAAACGGUGAUCAUACAAGGGCAGCAAUUAAACAAGCGGUUUCAGAAUCCACCGGUGUACUUGCCAGUGAGAAGCGUCCACAUGAAGUGCCAUUUUCUCCAGCAAAUGCUUUAUCCCGUGUGACUGAAAGCCAGUGGGCAACGACUGACAGCUCCUACAAUGGAGGAGUAAAUCCAAGUGUCCUUGAGAAAGAAGCCAUGAAAGAUCCAGGAAACCCGCUCCAGAGGAGGAAGAUACAGGAGCAAAGAUCCCCAACUGUUGGCAGGCACAGCCAGCUGCAGAGGCAGCAAGCCACAUAUUCGGACAAGCUCUGGGACAGCAGAUCUCCCGACUACAAGCUGAAGAAAUGUGAGAGCACAGACUCAGGGUAUCUGUCGCGCUCCGAUAGCGUGGAGCAGCAGAUGCUGUCUCCUAGCCCGCUGCACAGCCUUUGUGAACACAGCACGGAGUUCGAAGGUGAGACUGCCAUCAGCCAUCUCAGGUGUGCUGCAGGUUAUAGUUCAAAAGUGGAUUUGACUGAGAAGGCAACAUUAGAGAAAAAGAAGUUAGAAGAGCACAUCUCAAAACUAAUCUCUCAGAAUAAAGCAGUGGUGGAUGAUAGGCAACUGGACAACGUUAGGCCCAGGAAAACAGUCUUGUCCAAGCAGGGCAGCAUUGACUUGCCAAUGCCUUACACCUACAAGGACUCAUUCCAUUUCGACAUACGGUCUCUUGACAUACACAGGAAGAAGAACCUUCCUCUUUGCUCAGCCAAAUCUACCUUCACACCCGCAGAGAAAUCCAAGCCACUGUUUUUUCACUCUGUCCCCACUCAGUUCUCGACAACGACAGACUGUGUGCCAGUGACCAGAAGUAACUCUUUGCCUUUUGUUGAGAGCUCAAGAAGGAUGCAGGACCAAGUGGAUAGUUCAAAAUUGUCUUCUUUCACAAGAAUGCCCCCAAGCACAAGUUGUUCUGCUUUGUUGCAUAGCAACAAGUUUCCUGCAAGUACGGCAGAUUUUCCCAACAGCCAUCCCCGAGCACUGGUCAGGCAGGUGGCUGUUGAUGACUUGCUGCUUAGUAACUUGACUGAAUCUUCUUGUUCUGCGGAAGAGAUGAAAGGUUCCAAAAGGCCUGGAGCCAGAGGGGAAGGUGCGAAAACAAAGGGCAAGAAACCCAGUCAAAGGAAAUUAAAAAUGUUCUCUCAGGAAAAAUGGCAAGUUUAUGGGGAUGAGACAUUUAAGAAAAUCUACCAAAAAAUGAAAAGCAACCAAACGACCAAGAAGCAAAAGGGAAAUAAGGUAACAGAGAUGUCAGUCUUGCACUCAGAUGCUAAAGAAACAGCUAGUAAUGAGGACAUUGCUGUGCCAAGGAAUGACAGAAGUUCCACAACUAGGAAUUUGGUUUCCACAACCAGGAAUUUCCCAGCCUCAGUAGGAAUUUCUACUAAACUAGAGUCAGAAGGUCAUUCCAUUAGUAGCCUCAUAUCCCAGAGUGUUUCCUCACAGGAGAGUUCCAGCAGCUUUGCAGAACGAAUGGAGACAUCGUAUUCAGUCACUGAUGGUGCACACAGCAGAAUGAUGGACACACGGCAUGGGUUGAGCCAAGAGCCACAUGGCAACCAUCAAGAACUGCCUUUAAGUACCGGUUGCGAACUGAGAUCCCAGCUUGGUCAAACCAAAAGCCAAGAGAAUCGUACCCCACUAAGCACUGCUAGCCUGCAAAGGUUUGAUCAUGGCUUCGAGGAGGAGAAAUGUGUGCAAGGGGAACUGAUUAAGUUUGCGCCACUAGCUGAGGAUAUUGCACUCAGCAAAGGAGAAGACGCGGGUGGAAAAGAAAGCUCCCAGCUUGCACAGGUGACCUCACCACUAUAUCACUGCAACAUUAGCAAGCUUGUGCAGGAAUCCCAAAAGUUACCCUCAGAGAGGAAAAAGCUAAAAGUGGAUGAGCUGAAAAGCAAAGAAAAUGAAGUGUUGAAAGCCGGUCCCAGCAGCUCGGCAGAGAGAAUUGUGAAAUUGCUAGACCACUGCAACAUCAUCAAUAUUGUCUCUCCGGUAUCAAAAAACCACUCCAUUACAAGAGAAAAGCAGACAUUAAUGGCAGGAAUGAAUGCACCCGUUAAAGGAGAAAAGCAGAAGGUAGUGGCAGGAGGGAACGCAUCAGCUAGCAGUAUGGAAUGCAUCGAUGCAGACCAACAGCCUACAGUAACCUCCAGUCACAGGGAUUAUAUUGCUAAUCUUACCAAUACAGCAAAUGUAUCUGCGUUUUCAUUUUCCGAACAAAUCAGGGCUGAGGUAAAGAAGGAAUAUAUCUGUAGUUCCUACAUGUUACAAAAGCUGACAGAACAACCAUCUUCCUCAAUAACAGGGACAAGAAUGUCAUCUUCAAGUGGAAACAUGACCCCAACAUCAUCCAUAGUAACUCCCCAUCCAAGGAAAAAUGAAUUUCUUCCAAAGUAUAUCCUAAAACACUCACAAGAAAGGAAUAGUACAGGCAUGCCAUUGGUUAUUACAGGAGAGCAGGAGAAAAUUCCAUUGCCAAGCACGUUGACUGAUACCACUUACCCGGCCAGUAACAAUAGGUUGCUUGGCACCCAUUCUGCAGAUCUGUUUUUGUGCCCUUUGCAACUGGGACUGACUCAUCCAACCAGAGCUAAAGAGCUAAAAUGGGAUGUGUGCUCAACUUGGAAGUCUCUCGUUGCUUGCUCACCAGCAAUCCUAGAAACAACCAGUAUCACCACCAGGGUAGAUAGGAGGUGUCCUCAUCAAAGCACUGGGCCAAAGGAGAAGGCGAAACAUGAUCCGUGUAAAGGAACAGAUCACUUACACAGCUUAGGUGACCCAAAGAGAGCACAGGAAGAGCAAACAACUGUUUGUUCAUCGCACACUCCAGCAGGGAAGAAAAUAUGCUUCACAUCAAUGUAUACAGGAGGCUUUUUAAUAUCUUCAGACAGGACAGGGCCGAGUUCGGCCCUACAGUUGAUACGCUCAGGGACCAGUUCAAUAAUAUCGGUGUCCUCGUUGGUUGAAAGGACAGCUUUGUGUGGAAAUACGGACCAGGAAACAAAGGAAUGGGAAUCGGAUGGUAAUUCUUUACCAAGGUUGCAGGACCUGCCCAUUUGUUCAGUAGAUAAUCCCAAAUGCCUUUGCCAUGCCUCUGACAUGCUUUAUUGCCAUAUGCUCUGCACGCAACAAAAGGAUGUGCGCACCCUCUCCCAAUUCAGCUCGGCUUCUCGCGCAGGAAACUCAAAAACCCCUAGUCUGAGCAUCUCUUUCCCAGCUCUCAAUGCUGAGCCUCAGCUGACUUGGUGUUGCUUAACCAGAAACCUGCCCCUGCCUGUGGAGCAAAAGGAGAAGAAAGACUCGGCUUAUUUUCCCUUGCAUAGCUGGAAGAGUGAGAAUGUCGUUUCAAAAUGCAGCCUCUCCUUUUCCAAAAUGAAAAAUACCAGGAGGACUGAUGGGGAAGGCAUGACAACUGGCACCUCAAAAAUACCGAUUUCUCAGCAGGAGCAGAUAGAGAAGCAGUACUUUUCAACAUCCAGGAGUGAUGGGCUGCUGGAAGACAUUUCAGAUCAAGACAAAGCAAAAGAAAAGCUUUGCAAAACGAGAGAACUCACAACACAUAAAGCCAAGAAGAGCCGUAAAAGGAAAAAGGUGAAGAUCAACCCAAAACGGUAUAAAGGGAGUUACGGAUACAGACACAUUCUGCUGAAAAGCAACAGGCUGAGCAAGCAGCACUGGCCGACACACAGAGCCCUGGAGAUGCCAAAGAAGUGUCAUUCCCAUCCUCACACACCUGACAGCCUUGAGUUUUGCCAGAAAUGCCUUUGUCUUCCAACAGCCUCACAAGGAAAUGACCCAAAUUUACAGCAGGAGACAACUGGCACCACAACUGAUAAAGCAGCCUCCCCUGAGAAGAAGAAUCAUAUGGAAGAUGUAAUGAAUAACUCAGGGAUCACAUGUUCAUCUCUUGGCAGCUUAAGUAGCUUUUGGCAAAAAGAUAAAGUAAACGGACAAGGAGUUUCUAAACCUGCUAAUGAACACCCAAGUGGGAGCCUCUUCCUUCAGAGAACAGCUAACACGCCAGAUAUAACAUAUUCCUGUGCAUUAGUCACUAAUGCACCGACACAGAAAGCCAGCAGACUGGAUCUUCAUUCCUUGGGGAUAAUUCAGAAAGAGACACAGACACAUGUUCACAUUGGUCAUUCUUGGCCUUCCAUUGGGACUUGCAACUUUGAAUUCAUAGAUACAGGCAAAGUCCAUCCAUGUCAUAAUGUGGGUUCAGAGGUUACUAGUCCUCUUUCCACAGAGCUGAAAAGAGGCAGCAAAAAUGUACUUUGUGUGGAAUCAAAAUGUCAAAAUGCUGCUGUCUCAGAGCCAUCUGUAUACACCACAGGAAGAAAAGAACAACCCACAGAUGGAGAUGUGUGUCCAUCUUUAAAGGAGCAGUUCUCCUCUACCUUCCAAGCUCCACGACCUGUUUUGCUUGGAUCAAAGCUGCUUACAGAGACAUCUGUUUCAAGUAGUUCAAGGCAUGUUAGGAAGACGAGCAGCUCUCCAGCCUGCCUUGAAUGUGCAGACAAGAACAGCAGUUCCACGCAUCUCGGUGGCAGGCAAGAAGAAACGCUUUGUAAAGCUGGGCUUCUGGGUUUCAAGAAUCUCUCUGCUCCUUUAGCUAGCUCUGGAAUACCAACCCAAGCUUACAAGAAACAGAGCCUGGAAAUGACGAACAAGCAAAAUCGUGUGGAAUAUGACGACACAAGCAGUGAUGAUGAAGACAGGCUAAUUAUAGAAAUAUAGUGAUGCUGUUGAAGGUUUAACACAUAGGGCCAUGACUGACAAGAAGAGUCACAGGAUCAGCUGGCCAUUGAUUUCUGAUGCACCUUAAGAGUAGAAAAGCCAUCCCUGACUUUUUCAGACAAUAGAUUAAUCUCUGCCAACAGUUUGGACUUCCUUACACAUGAGAAUGCUUUUAUGCAGAGUAAGGAAGCAGCCGGCACAUGUUUUAAAUGCCUACGGUAAGCCUACAGUACCUUAGCUUCAUGCUUUAUCCAGCUUCUGUUUUAUUACCAGCCUGUCACUUGUUCAUAGAUCAAUGGCAGAGGCCUGUUCAGGGGCACAGUUGCUGAUCUGGCAGCAGUGACCACGUCCCCCUGCUCUGAGAAGCUAAAGGUUUGAUUUCAGAAAACACGGAGGGCAACAAACUCUGGAGUUGUUCUCUCAGCUGUUCCACGCAGCUGAUUUCCAGUAACAUUUUUUCCGUUUACAAGUUUUGCAUGAGGAGAUCUAUGCCCUCAGGGCACCCCUGACAGCGUUGCCAUAUUGCUCAAGUGUUCCAUGCUUCCUCGUGACAAAACACCACAAGCAUGCCUUGCUCUGUGCCUUUUUUGCUGAGAUCUGUUUGGAGUACUUUAUAUUUCCCCUCCCCAUCUGAAGGAGUGGGUGUUAACGGUCAACACUGCUGAGGUUUUUGAAAGAGGAAUCCUACAAAUUCUGGCUUCCGGCUCAGGCAGGCAGCACACUCAGGGCUAGUUCACACGAUCAGGAAGUGGGUGCAAGAAGUAUCCUGCCCAAGUUUGAGAGCGGUGCAUGCUCCCGGUUUGUAAUCAUGGGCACGCGAAAAACAGGGUAGGAGGCACAGGCAGUGAUCAUCUACUAAAUGUCAGCUGGAUUGGAGGGCAACUGUACCCAGCUGUUUAAUGAGGCAGGAGAAAAAGCCCUCCCACCCAACUGAUGCUUACACAGGAACAGAGUAAGCCGCCUUAUACUGAGCCAGACCACUGGUCCCUCUAGCUCAGUAUCAUCUACACUAACUGGCAGUGGCUUCUGCAAGGUUUCAGGCAGGAGUCUCGCUCAGGCCCAUCUUGGGGAUGCCAAGGAGGGAACUUGGAACCUUCUGCAUGCAAGCAUACGGAUGCUCUUCCCAGAGCAGCCCCAUCCCUUGAGGGGAAUAUCUUAUAGCAGUGUUUCUCAGCCACCAGUCUGUGGACCGAUGCCAGUCCAUGCUGGUCCAUGAGGAAUUAAUCCCCCCACAAAACCAUUUUGAGCUGGUGGGGCCCCCUGCUGCUGGGAGCUCUCCAGAGCUCAUUUCUAGGCAGGCAGCCCUCGCUGCUGGGAUAACAUUCAUUUCUAGGAAGGUAAAUGGGUGUUCUCUCAGCAGCAAGGGCUGCCUGCCUAGAAAUGAGUGGCAGCACCCCCCACAGCUCAAAAUUGUUUUGGGGGUGCCUAGGGAUGGGGGCAAGGGUGGGGGCAACCCCUUUACUUACUGCUGGUCUGGGAAACUGUGCACAAAGAAUGUACCAGUCCAUGACUCCAAAAACGUUAAGAAACACUGUCUCAUAGUGCUCACACAUCACCUCCCAUUUAAAUGCAAACCAAGGCAGACCCUGCUUAGCAAAGGGGACAAUUAAUGCUUGCUACCACAAGACCAGCAGACGAUCAGCGCCAAUGCCUACCUUGCCUAUGGCCACAAAAUGGAAGGUCGCACAGCUCUCGAGUUUGGGUAGGAAGCGUGUCCUAUCCAAUUUGUGACCGUGUGAACUAGCCUAUAGUUUUGUUCACCUGACUGAUAACACUGAGCUUGUCCUCUCUAAAGCUGUUUAUCCAAAUUAUAUAUACACUCUACUCCACCCCUCAUUUUUUGUGCUAGUGUGAUCUGAGCACGCAGUUAGCAGCAAAACACCUUUUGCCGAAAAACUCAGGAAUUCACCAACUUCCAUGUCCACAAAGUCCAGCUGAUCCAGUUGCAUUUGCUUAACACAACAAUUGUUACACUAAUUUGAGGGGAUGGUAAGUUUAGAACUCAAUUGCACUGCUGUAUUAUAGUCAAGUUUUAUAUUUAAAUUUUCAUGAGAGUUUUGGAGUAUUUUUUAAUUUUGUGCUACAGGGUAACAGAGAAACUUUACUGCAAUGCAAAAAAUGGCUUCUCUGACCAACAGAUCGAUCGUGAAACUGGGAACAAGUUGAUGCCCAAAUCACAAGGGUUCAAAAGUGCAGUACAAGUUUCACAUUUUUAAGAUUAGAAUGACCCAAAUCAAAGCAGGUCUCCCUUCUACUAAACAACAUAGUUAGUACCAAAAGCAACCAAAACUUCUGAGGUUCACUGAGAAGGGUUUAAAUGCUGGCAUUUAUAUUUUUUACUUUACAAAGUUGGUAAUGACAUUAAGAGUUUUGUACAGAUUCCUAACUUUCUAAGUGGGUCAUCAUGGGAAACCAACAGGCUCAAACUGCUUUACAUUUCUUAGAAUUAGACCUGUGGGACAGUCUACCGGGCAUGCAUCUGUGCACACUCUGUUAGAAUGAAUGGAAGGCAGGAAGAAGAUAUGGCAUCACCCAUUCAUUGCAAAAGAAGUUCUCAGUAGAUGUUCUUGGUUGAUUUUGCUUAUACCCUGCUUUUUAUUUCCAUGAAAUAUUGUGUACUUAUUAAAAAAAAGUAUUAUACUGAA